AAAGCAGUUGCAGACACGUGAAGUAAAGAAGAUUGUAGAAAAUAGGUGGUUCACACAUUGAAUGAUGAACAAACUGAGAGUUGCAGUAAUUGGUGGUGGAGGAGCUGGUCUGUGUGCUGCUAGAUACAUGGGAGCAAGGCCUGACAGAUUUGAACCAGUUGUCUUUGAAAAAGCUGAUUGUGUUGGAGGCACAUGGGUUUAUACAGAGGAGACUGGGAAAGACAGACAUGGACUGCCUAUCCAUUCAAGCAUGUACACAUCUCUCAAAACAAACCUUCCCAAAGAAGUGAUGUCUUUUCCAGACUUUCCUUUUGACAGUUCACUUCCAUCUUUUGUGAAGCAUACUGAUAUGUUGAAAUAUCUUCAGCAGUAUGCCGACCAUUUUAAUCUCCUCAAAUAUAUACAGUUCAACACACUAGUUGAAUCAGUAAGACCAGUGAAACCUUCAAGUGACACCAAGUCUAUCACUUGGGAGGUCAGAGUUCGCAAUUUAGAGAAUCAGGAAUCUGGGUCUACCUCUUCUCACUAUGAUGCUGUCAUGGUUUGCAAUGGGCAUUAUGCACUACCUAAGAUUCCAGAAAUGGAUGGUUUGGACACCUUUUCAGGUCAGAUCCUUCACAGCCACAACUAUCGGCAUCCAGAAUCCUACAAAGAUCAGUCAGUCUUGAUUGUAGGUGCUGGUGCCUCAGGGAUUGACAUAGCAUUGGACUUGUCACCCCAUGCCAAGCACGUAUACCUCAGCCACUGGAAACCAAGACUUAAGACACCAAUACCAAGCAACAUCAAGGAGGUCCAAGCUGUUAAAUCAAUCUGCAAGACUGAAGUUGAGUUUCUAGAUGGCCACAAGGAUUCAUUCGACUGCAUUCUGUUCUGUUCUGGAUAUUACUAUGACUUCAGUUUCUUGCAUCCUGAUUGUUCAGUGGACGUGACAGAUGGCAGAAUUACCCCACUCUAUAAACAUGUCAUCCACCAGAUAUUUCCCAGUUUAUGUUUUAUUGGUAUUGCCAUACGCAUUUGUCCAUUCCCCCACUUCAGUGCUCAAACACAGUUUUUCCUAGCAGCGCUGGAUGGCUCUAUGAAGCUUCCAACACAGAAAGAGAUGCAAGAAGAUGAAGCAAGGGAUUACCAAAAGAAGUUGGAUGAAGGGCUUCCUCAUCGAUAUGCACACCUAAUGGGAGAGAGGCAGUGGGGCUAUCACUCUGACAUCCUCAGUUUAGCGGGGGCCAAACAGCACCAGCCAGUAGUAGAGAAACUUUAUAAACAUGUAUCUGUUUACAGAGGGACUGAUGUAUCGAACUACAAGAAGAUGAAUUUUGAUAUAAUGGAUAAUGAAAAUUUUGUACAAUUGCAGUCACUGUAACAGUAAAAGACAGCUUAUAAUACUCUUGUGUAGUAAGGUGUUUAUGCUAUGCACAGACUUUAUAUUUAUGAUAAAAAGUCAUUUAAAUUAUAAAAUAUAUAUAAUAAGAAUUUUCCAAAGUACAUGUAGGUGUUUCAUAAAGUAGCUUGUAAGUUAAACUCAACUUGACCAAUUACUUGUGAUCCUUUCUUGUGGUAAAAAUGAUAAACAUCAGAUUUUCAUUUGUGUCGACUUAGAUCCUAAAAAAGGGUCACCAGUCAUUUGUAAAUUCGCUUGUAACACAAUUUUGUAAAACACCCACCAAGUAACAUUGCCUAAGUCAAUUUUUGACAGAAAAAAAGAUCUGUUAUGACUGAGAAAAAAGUACAGACUUAGCUAACAUUAUUUUGUUUUAGAUAAUUUCAUCCAAGAAUUCUUUUACUCACCCUGAGGUGAUAAUUAGACUUAUUGGAGGUUAACUUAAGAAAUAUUUACUGAAGUACAUGUUUCAAUGGCUUAGGGCUAUACAGAAUACAAGCUGACCAAAGCCGUUAUUCAUUUAGCUAUCCAUGUGUUUCUUUAUCAUUUCAAUACAAAUAAUAAGGUGACUAUUACUGAUAUCUCUAAAUCUUUGAUGAAUACUUGAUCCUCUGUUGUGUUAUUAUACCCAAGAGAUGUGUAUUUCUAAGAAUCAGGGUGGUGUCUCAUAAAGCCGUUUGUUAAGUAGGCUGAAGAAUCUGCUGUUUUGGAGGAGUUCUAAAACAUUUUCAGAUUUUUUCUGUCCUCAUAGUACUCGUAGUAGUGGUAGUUCGCUCAACCCUUAACUACAGCAUCUAUGGGGAAAAGGGUGCGCUACCUCACCCUCUUCAUUUUCUCUUUGAAUGCCAUUUUUAAUGGGAGAAACUAAGCGCCAGAAUAAAAAUUGACUUUGUAAGAAUCAGCUUACCAGUUUCUCAAAAUAUGUGAUGUAAAAUCCAAAAUUUUGUUUCCAACGAGCUGGUGUCAGGUUCGUCGAUCGUUCUUUAUCAUAUUUCUAAGAAAAAUGUACAUGAAGUAGGACCCCAUUUGAGCAUGGUGUGUAUGUGUUUAUUGGAGUAAUGAUAAUCUGACUAGAUUUGGGUUCACAGAAUUAAUGUCGCAGAGGUCAUUGUAUGAAAUUAUGAGUGCAGCAAAAUAGAAUUUCAAUAAUAUAAUUUCACUUCCUCAUUAAACAUACAGAUUGAAUUGAGUUUAAGGACCUAUUUCUUUAACAAGCUAAGCUGAUCGUGUUACUAUCACGAGACCUCAUCCUUUCAUAGUUUUCAUUCAAUGGGUGAUCAUUAUGGUUUAGUAUUCCUUUGUCUUUUCCAAGUACUGUAUUACCGGUAUAUUUCAACAUACAUCAUUGAAGUUUAGGUCUUGUACUGUUAACUCAACUUUCGUGAGGUAAAUGUACAUGUUUAAAUCUAUAUUUGUUAAUCAAACAUCACAUACUAAUUUUUAAGUCUGAACAAUAUAAAAUCUAUUUAAUUUCAUUGUUCUUUAAAUAUUUUUUAUUAAAAUAAAAGCCAUUACAUUAUAAUAUGUGCGUAAGAUAUCAGUAUGAUGGUUAAUUAUAUUGGACAUUACAUUGCAGCUUUAAUUGUAAAGCAUUUCUAUAAUGGCGACAAUACUUUUUUGAAAGAUAUGAUAUAUUUACAAAUAUAAAAGAUAACACAUAUGA